AUGGAGGCCUCUACUUGUGGCUCUGGUUGUAGCCAGCGAAGCACUGAAAAUCAGGAUAAGGGUGCUACUUGUACUGAAUCAAGACCCCCUUCUUCCUUGGACCCAGGACAGUCGGGGCCCGAUGGCCCCCUGCAUGUUACAGGACAAGCCCCGAAGCAGCCGGCGGAGCUGAGGUCUCUGGACAGAGCAGACAGCUCCAGUCCUGCUUUGAGAAGGGACUUCUCUGAGCUCCCCAUCACCAGGCUUCGUUCUGCUAGUCCAAAGGAUAGCUCCACCCAAGGAUACCUCAGCACGUUGAACUCUUCCUCUUUGAAUUUCCAUCAUGCCGCAAAGAGCCUGGAAGGGCAGCAAGCCGCUGGACACGAGCAAGAAGCCGGUGUCAGAAAGUGUGAGGACAAUAAAGAGCAGCUAGCAGGUAAGACUCUCGUGGAAGGUUAUAUCUCGGUCAAGGUGGCAAAUGUGAACGGCAGCGAGGACAGCUUAGACGGCUGUCUGGGGUCCCAAAAGAGCUCUUUCAGAGCUCUGCCAGAAGAGUCGUGGGAUCCCGGCUUUGCGGUGACCCCCCCUCGCAGAGCCGACAAAGAGAACACUUUGCAAUGCAGCUCGAAAGCAUCUUUGCACCAGGACUUAGACGCAAAAGAACAAGAUGCGAGACCAAAGCAAGAAAACCACCUGCACGCCGUGGCCAAGGGCAAAGCAGGCUGCCACCUGCACCCGGCCGACAAGGGCCCGCUCGACAAGUCCAAAGAGGGCUGGCUGCCCAGCAAGAAGGCGUCGGGGCUGAGGAUCAACGACUACGACAACCAGUGCGACGUGGUCUACAUCAGCCAGCCCAUCACCGAGUGCCAUUUUGAGAGCCAGCGGUCGGUGUCGUCCCGCAAGACGGCGAGGAAGAGCACCCGGGGGUACUACUUCAACGGGGAGUGCUGCGAGCUCCCCACUGUCCGCACGCUGGUUAGGAGCUCCCGGGCGGAGGAGAGGGGGAGCAGCCCGGCGCUGCGAACAGAGACCCUCGUAAGCGCUAAGCCGCCCCUGGUGCUCUCGGUGGGGGGGUCUGCGGGGGCAGGACGGGAAGGCGAGAAGAGGGUUUCCCUGAGGCUGUUGGCUAAAGGGGCACCAAGUGGCAGAGAAACAAAAGAGAGAGCUGAGCCGGGCUCCGUGCAGCCCCGGGAUACCCGGGCGCUGCGGUCGAGGGAAGCUGCCAUGGCCAUGCCCUUCUUCUCCCUCUCAGCUCCACCCAGCCCCCAGAAAGAGGACAGCUUGGCCGGCUUGCCGCCCCCCAGCUCCCCUCCCACUGAAGGAGAGGGGACGAGAGCGGGAGGCACCAUCCCCUGGGAGGCUGGCACCAGCCUGGGCUCCUCCGGGGAGGGCAGCGGUGGCGCCCGGAGCCAAAGUUCCCCUUGCAGCCCUCCGCCGCUGCGGACACAGCACCCCUGGUCCAUGAUGGUGCCGGGGAUCCUGCCCAGCUUCCAGGCGUGGGAGACACGGAGCCCUGCGGGCUGUGUCCGGCAGAGCCCUCCCCACGCUCUCCAGGCUGGCUGGCUCCUGGUGAGCCCCCCUGUGGACAGGGAGAGCCCCCCAGAACCCCCUGCCUCCAUGGACAGGGAGAGCCCCCCGGAGCCCUCUGUCACCGUGGACAGGGAGAGCCCCCCAGACCCCCCUGCCUCCGUGGACAGGGAGAGCCCCCAGGAGCCCUCUGUCACCGUGGACAGGGAGAGCUCCCCGGAGCCCCCUGCCACCUUGCAGUGUGUGGACAUGAACAAAAACAUCAAUGCUGAACCAGAAGCUGAAUUACCGGGCAUGGUGGGUGACGGCUCCCUUGAGCAAGAGGAGGCUGCACCGGCCAGCACAGCCCCCUCCAAAAUCUCAGAAGGGGAGGCGGUGCAGAAUAACAGCCCAGCAGGUGAAAAAGAGCCUGUUGAAGGUGAAACGCCACCCGAACCCGAUGGCUCAGACACUGCAGGGUUUUUUUCCAAAGACAGUCUAGACAAGAAGCGAAAGAAAGGCAGGAGAGUGCUUGUGGCAUCGGACCGGCGUCUCCGAAGCCAACAAUCCCAGUCACCCGCCGAGGGCAGUGCUGAGGACACUGGUACUUCCAGCUCUGUGCAGCUUCCUUGCCUUCAGAUCAAAGUCUCCAAGAGCCCUGGCGCUAAGCGGUUCAAGAGAGAAGUGCACCUGGAUGGGGCAGCAUCUGUGCACUUCCCAAAUGACUGCUUCCCCAACGCGCUGCUCAAAACCAGCGAGGGACCAGGCACCAGUCAGGCCCCAGAGAGCGUCGCUGAGCAGUGGCCAGGUGAGGAGAAUGGUGUCACUACCAGACAAACCUAUAAAAGCAUCUUAGCGAAAGAGACUGCGGCAGAGGGAGAAAAUUCCUCUAAAGAUGACCCCCCUGCUAACAGCAGCCAAAGUCAACCGGGUGAGACGCUGGAACUCGGCGUCCAGGCUGAUUCUGAGAACAGAGGCAUUCUCCUCCCUCCGGAGAGCAGUGUGCCUGCAAACGAUGCCGAGGAAGUGGAUGUGAAACCAGGCAAUGCCAGCGCAAAGGACGAGGAGAGCUCUGACAGUGCCAUGGACAUGGGCAAGCUGGAGAGCUAUGAGCUGGUGGCCAGUUUGCCUUCAUGCCCCAGCAGCAGAGGUGGAAGCAAGCAUCUUCCAGCAAAGGCUGUGAAGCAUAAAAAGGUUGCCCUGCAGUUUUAUAACUUAAGACACACGCCAGCACCUGUGGAAACCGCAAAAAAGAGCACACCAGGGAAGGAGUCUAUGCAAGCAAUCCCCAAACUGAGGGACGAAUGGAGUUCAGGGAAUGACGACUUCCCAGCAUUGGAGGACAUAGACAGCAAACCAAAGUUCAUGGAGUGGUGUGCUGAAGAGGAGAACCAGGAGCUUAUUGCCGAGUUCAACGCACAGUACAUGAAAGUUCAGAAGGGCUGGAUUCAGCUGGAGAAGGAGGUGCAGCCAACCCCCAAGGUAAAGAACAAAGCUGACAAACUGAAAGAGAUUUGGAAAAGCAAGAAAAGGACACGGAAAAGUAGAGGCUCGCUGGAAGUGCAGAAGCUUUCUCCUGUCCAGAUGCUGUUUAUGAAGGCCUUUAAGCUCUCUGACAUCUGCCAGUGGUUUCUGGAGACAACUGAAACCAGGUCUCUAGUGAUAGUGAAGAAACUCAACACCCGUCUCCCGGGGGAAAUCCCCCCCAUCAAAGUCCCCAUGCAGAAAUAUUCCUCCUCCAGUCUCUACCCCAGCUCACUGCAAGCCGAACGUUUGAAAAAACACCUCAAGAAGUUCGCCGCCACUACCCCGGCUCGGAAUAACCUGAAGAACCAAAAGCUUUGGGCCAAAAUUCGGGAGAAUGCUGAUAAAGUGGAGGCUGAAGAAGCCACAGCUCCCAGCCAGAUCUCUCCCACAGAUGCCGGUUCCGAGGACCUGAGCGAAGACAAAACCAUCCAGCCUGCCCUCAGCUUGCCCACCCAGGCCAGCACCAGGAUCCUGCGCAAGUACUCCAACCUGCGGGGCAAGCUGCGAGCCCAGCACCGCGUGGUGAAGGCAGAGAAGAAGAGUGAUGGCCCAGGGGACUACCCGUCCACGGAGAUGGAUGGGACGGGGAAGGGGCGGAAGGGGAAGGGCAGGUCCCAGGAGGACCCCUCACCCAAAGCUGAUCUCCAGCUCAGCAGAAAGAAGAGGAUGCUGAAGGACAGCGGGAGCACCCAGGAGCGGUCCAGCUCCUCCACCAAGGACAAACUGCCUGCCAAGAAGAUCAGUAAAAUAAAGCAUUCGGAGGGCAAGGAGAACACAAGCAGACGGGCCGUGCUGCCCCCCGGCCACGAGGAGCUGGCCAAGUCCCCAAAGCAGAAGCCCCUGGGGGAGUCCUCCACGCGGUCGCAAAAGAUGGCCAACAAGAAGCCCAGCGGCGGGAAGACCCUGACGAGGUCCAUGAAGAAGAUGCAGGAGAACAGCGGGUCGCAGGGCAAGAGGAAGCUGAGGGCAAAAGUGGACUGUUCGCACAGCAAACGCUCGCGACUGGACCCGAAAUAG